AGGUAGCAACAUGGCGCGCCGCGCCCGGGCCGCCGCCUGAGCAUCCUCCCUCCUCCUCCUCUUCCUCCUCCUCCUCCUCCCCUCCCUCCGCCGCCUCCGCCUCCCGCCGCCGGGCUGCCGCAGAGGGGCCGCCCGCCCGCGCCCGGCGCCAUGGCAGCCUCCGAGCUCUACACCAAGUAUGCCAGGGUUUGGAUCCCUGAUCCAGAGGAGGUCUGGAAGUCAGCAGAACUUCUCAAAGAUUAUAAACCUGGAGAUAAAGUCCUUCAACUUCGACUUGAAGAGGGGAAGGACCUAGAAUAUAGCCUAGAUCCGAAGACCAAGGAACUCCCACCCUUGCGAAACCCUGACAUACUUGUUGGUGAAAAUGACCUCACAGCACUCAGUUAUCUCCAUGAACCAGCUGUUUUACACAACCUCAAAGUUCGAUUUAUAGACUCUAAACUAAUCUAUACCUAUUGUGGUAUCGUCUUAGUGGCCAUAAAUCCUUAUGAGCAACUGCCUAUCUAUGGCGAAGAUAUCAUCAAUGCCUACAGUGGCCAAAACAUGGGGGAUAUGGAUCCACAUAUCUUUGCGGUGGCUGAAGAAGCAUACAAGCAGAUGGCCAGAGAUGAGCGAAAUCAGUCAAUCAUUGUCAGUGGGGAGUCUGGAGCCGGGAAGACCGUCUCUGCUAAGUAUGCCAUGAGGUACUUUGCCACGGUCAGUGGGUCUGCCAGUGAAGCCAAUGUUGAGGAGAAAGUCUUGGCCUCCAACCCCAUCAUGGAGUCUAUUGGAAAUGCCAAAACUACAAGGAAUGACAACAGCAGUCGCUUUGGGAAAUACAUUGAAAUUGGUUUUGAUAAGAGGUAUCGAAUCAUUGGUGCUAACAUGAGAACUUACCUCUUGGAAAAAUCAAGAGUGGUGUUUCAGGCAGAAGAGGAGAGAAAUUACCACAUCUUUUACCAACUAUGUGCCUCUGCAGCAUUACCCGAGUUUAAAACUCUACGAUUAGGGAAUGCAAAUUACUUUCACUAUACGAAGCAAGGUGGAAGCCCUGUGAUUGAUGGUGUCAAUGAUGCUAAGGAAAUGGUAAACACCAGGCAGGCCUGCACUUUGCUAGGGAUUAGUGAUACCUACCAGAUGGGCAUUUUUCGAAUCCUUGCUGGCAUCCUUCACUUGGGCAACGUGGAGUUUGCGUCUCGGGAUUCCGACAGCUGCACUGUUCCUCCCAAGCAUGAACCCCUCACCAUCUUCUGUGACCUCAUGGGUGUGGAGUAUGAAGAGAUGGCCCACUGGCUUUGCCAUAGGAAGCUCGCAACUGCCACUGAAACCUACAUCAAGCCAAUUUCUAAACUUCAUGCCAUCAAUGCCAGAGAUGCACUUGCCAAACAUAUCUACGCUAAUCUCUUUAACUGGAUUGUAGAUCAUGUGAACAAAGCCCUUCACGCUACUGUAAAACAGCAUUCCUUCAUUGGAGUGUUGGACAUUUAUGGAUUCGAGACAUUCGAAAUCAACAGCUUUGAACAGUUCUGUAUCAACUAUGCCAACGAAAAACUGCAGCAGCAGUUCAAUAUGCAUGUCUUUAAGCUGGAACAAGAAGAGUAUAUGAAGGAACAAAUACCAUGGACCUUGAUUGAUUUCUACGACAAUCAGCCAUGCAUCAACCUCAUAGAGGCCAAAAUGGGAGUUCUGGAUCUGUUGGAUGAGGAGUGCAAGAUGCCAAAAGGCUCGGAUGACACUUGGGCCCAAAAACUAUACAAUACUCAUUUGAAUAAAUGUGCCCUCUUUGAGAAGCCACGUUUGUCAAAUAAGGCUUUUAUCAUCAAGCACUUUGCUGACAAGGUUGAAUAUCAAUGCGAAGGCUUUUUGGAAAAGAAUAAAGACACGGUUUAUGAAGAACAAAUUAAGGUCCUAAAAUCAAGUAAGUUUAAGCUGCUGCCAGAGUUAUUCCAGGAUGAGGAGAAGGUCCUUAGUCCCACGUCAGCCACCCCUUCAGGGCGCGUACCUUUGUCUCGAACAGCUGUAAAACCAGCCAAGGCCCGGCCAGGUCAAGCCAGCAAGGAGCAUAAGAAAACUGUGGGACAUCAGUUUCGAAACUCUCUUCACCUGCUGAUGGAAACCCUGAAUGCUACAACCCCACACUACGUGCGCUGUAUUAAGCCCAACGACUUCAAGUUUCCGUUCACAUUCGAUGAAAAGCGGGCAGUGCAGCAGCUGAGAGCUUGUGGUGUCCUGGAGACCAUCCGAAUCAGUGCAGCUGGCUUCCCUUCCAGGUGGACGUACCAAGAGUUCUUCAGCCGUUACCGUGUUCUGAUGAAGCAGAGAGAUGUCCUUAGUGACCGAAAGCAGACAUGUAAAAAUGUCCUGGAAAAGCUAAUUCUGGACAAGGAUAAGUACCAGUUUGGUAAGACAAAAAUAUUUUUCCGGGCUGGUCAAGUAGCCUAUCUGGAAAAAAUAAGGGCAGAUAAGUUGAGAGCUGCCUGUAUCCGCAUCCAAAAGACAAUCCGAGGCUGGCUGAUGCGAAAGAAGUACGUGCGUAUGAGGAAGGCUGCCAUCACCAUUCAGAGACAUGUCAGAGGGUACCAAGCACGAUGCUAUGCCAAGUUUCUGCGGAGAACACGGGCUGCCAUCACUAUUCAGAAGUUCCAGCGCAUGUAUGUGGUCCGCAAAAGAUACCAAUGCAUGCGAGAUGCUACUAUUGCUCUUCAGGCUCUCUUAAGAGGUUACAUGGCCAGGAACAAAUACCAAAUGAUGCUUCGGGAGCACAAGUCUAUCAUUAUUCAGAAACAUAUAAGAGGCUGGCUGGCCCGAGUGCACUACCGUAGGACCUUGAAGGCAAUUGUUUACUUGCAAUGCUGUUACCGGCGCAUGAUGGCCAAAAGGGAGCUGAAGAAACUGAAGAUAGAGGCCCGGUCUGUAGAACGCUACAAGAAGCUUCACAUUGGCUUAGAGAACAAGAUCAUGCAGCUGCAGCGAAAAAUUGAUGAGCAGAACAAAGAGUACAAAUCUCUGCUGGAGAAGCUGAGCAACCUGGAGAUCACGUACAGUACAGAGACAGAGAAGCUGCGGAGUGACGUGGAGAGGCUUCGGAUGAGUGAGGAGGAGGCUAAGAACGCGACCAACCGUGUCCUCAGCCUGCAGGAGGAGAUUGCCAAGCUCCGGAAGGAGCUGCACCAAACUCAGACUGAGAAGAAGACCAUUGAGGAACGGGCAGACAAAUACAAACAUGAAACCGAACAGCUGGUUUCAGAGCUGAAAGAGCAGAACACGUUACUGAAAACAGAGAAGGAGGAGCUGAACCGUCGCAUCCAUGACCAGGCAAAGGAAAUAACAGAGACGAUGGAGAAGAAGCUAGUGGAGGAAACCAAGCAGCUAGAGCUAGAUCUGAAUGAUGAACGGUUACGGUACCAGAACCUGCUGAAUGAGUUCAGCCGUUUAGAGGAGCGGUAUGAUGAUCUCAAGGAUGAAAUGAACUUAAUGGUGAGCAUCCCCAAGCCUGGGCACAAAAGAACGGAUUCAACUCACAGUAGCAAUGAAUCUGAAUACACUUUUAGCUCUGAGAUCACAGAAGCAGAAGACUUACCAGUGAGGAUGGAGGAACCAAGUGAGAAAAAGGCACCAUUGGAUAUGUCUCUGUUCCUCAAGCUGCAGAAACGGGUUACGGAGCUGGAGCAAGAAAAGCAGUCCCUGCAGGAUGAACUGGACAGAAAGGAAGAACAAGCUCUGCGUGCUAAAGCUAAGGAGGAAGAAAGGCCUCCAAUGAGAGGUGCUGAGUUGGAGUACGAGUCACUCAAGCGCCAAGAACUUGAAUCUGAGAAUAAAAAGCUGAAGAAUGAGUUGAAUGAGCUGCAGAAGGCCCUCACAGAAACACGAUCUCCAGAGGUAACUGCUCCUGGUGCCCCUGCGUACAGAGUCCUCCUGGAUCAGCUGACGUCAGUCAGUGAAGAGCUCGAAGUACGCAAGGAAGAAGUCCUCAUCCUGAGGUCUCAGCUGGUUAGCCAGAAAGAGGCUAUUCAACCCAAGGAGGAUAAGAAUACCAUGACAGAUGCUACAAUCCUCUUGGAGGAUGUACAAAAGAUGAAAGACAAAGGAGAAAUAGCACAGGCGUAUAUUGGACUGAAGGAAACAAACAGGCAAUCUCCCCAGGACUAUCAUAUGCUGAAUGAGGACGGAGAACUUUGGCUGGUUUAUGAAGGGUUAAAACAAGCCAACAGGCUGCUGGAGUCUCAGCUUCAGUCACAGAAGAAGAGCCACGAGAACGAGCUGGAAUCGCUGCGAGGUGAGAUCCAAGGUCUGAAGGAAGAAAACAAUCGCCAGCAGCAGCUCCUGGCACAGAACCUGCAGCUGCCUCCAGAGGCCCGCAUCGAAGCCAGUCUCCAGCAUGAGAUCACCCGGCUGACGAAUGAGAACUUGGAUUUAAUGGAGCAGCUUGAAAAGCAAGACAAAACUGUUCGCAAGUUAAAGAAACAGUUGAAAGUAUUUGCUAAGAAGAUCGGUGAACUUGAAGUGGGCCAGAUGGAGAACAUAUCACCUGGACAAAUCAUUGAUGAACCUAUUCGUCCAGUUAACAUUCCACGGAAAGAAAAAGACUUCCAAGGGAUGUUAGAAUAUAAGAAGGAGGAUGAACAAAAACUUGUGAAGAAUCUUAUUUUAGAGCUGAAACCACGUGGAGUAGCUGUCAACCUGAUUCCAGGACUACCAGCAUAUAUUUUGUUCAUGUGUGUACGUCAUGCGGAUUACCUUAAUGAUGACCAAAAAGUGCGGUCGUUGUUGACUUCCACUAUCAACGGCAUCAAAAAAGUGUUGAAGAAAAGAGGUGAUGACUUUGAAACAGUGUCCUUCUGGCUCUCUAACACCUGCCGAUUUUUGCACUGUUUGAAGCAAUACAGUGGAGAAGAGGGUUUUAUGAAGCAUAAUACACCUCGUCAAAAUGAACACUGCCUCACUAAUUUUGAUUUAGCUGAAUACAGACAAGUGCUGAGCGACUUGGCUAUUCAGAUUUACCAACAACUUGUCCGAGUGCUGGAAAACAUUCUGCAACCCAUGAUUGUUUCAGGAAUGCUGGAGCAUGAGACAAUCCAAGGUGUCUCGGGGGUGAAACCAACAGGGCUGCGGAAGAGAACAUCCAGCAUUGCUGAUGAAGGAACCUACACUUUGGACUCCAUUAUUCGGCAGCUGAACUCUUUCCAUUCAGUGAUGUGUCAGCACGGAAUGGAUCCAGAGCUGAUCAAACAGGUUGUCAAGCAGAUGUUCUACAUCAUUGGGGCUGUAACGCUUAACAAUCUUCUCCUGCGCAAGGACAUGUGCUCGUGGAGCAAAGGAAUGCAGAUAAGAUACAAUGUGAGUCAACUGGAAGAAUGGCUACGUGAUAAAAAUCUGAUGAAUAGUGGGGCUAAAGAAACACUGGAACCCCUCAUCCAGGCUGCACAGUUGUUGCAAGUGAAAAAGAAAACAGAUGAAGAUGCAGAAGCCAUUUGUUCGAUGUGCAAUGCACUGACUACAGCCCAGAUUGUAAAAGUUCUGAAUUUGUAUACUCCAGUUAAUGAGUUUGAAGAGAGAGUCUUGGUAUCGUUUAUACGUACAAUACAGAUGCGUCUGAGAGACAGGAAGGACUCUCCUCAGUUGCUCAUGGAUGCUAAACAUAUCUUUCCUGUUACUUUUCCGUUUAAUCCAUCCUCUCUGGCAUUAGAAACCAUUCAGAUCCCAGCCAGCUUGGGCCUGGGCUUCAUAUCACGUGUCUGAUCCCAAGGAUGUGGUGUCCGUGUUAGAUGGAGAAUCAGUUGCCUGAUAUCUUUACCUGUUAAAACAUAGUGAGCCACUGAAAACACAUUUUCUGAACAAACAGCCUAUAUAUGCCCAGAUCUGUAGUAAAAGUAGCUGGAAAACUACGUAACAGCACCACAGAUUGAAGGCUAAUAGAAAGAUGUGCAUUUCUGUUCAUUCAUUGCACUGAUUCAUACAUUUCCAGAAUAUGGAAAUCAGGCUUGGACAAAAAUUGUGUCUUCAGCUGUCUAGAGACAUUUUUAGAUCUUUAGUAACGUAUUUAAAUAGUGUAAAUUAAACUCCAUAUGUAAUCUUCUCAUAGGCAGGGACCAACAGGGACAGUCACAGUCCUGAACACGGAAGACUUGAAAGUAAGGCAUUUUAUAGUAGAAUACACAGUCACUUGGGAGCCUGUUACAUUUAAUUUGUAAGAACUGGAAUGGAGAAAACAAACUGGCAAUAUAUAAAAUGUUUUCUUAAACCACUUCCUUAUUUAUGUCAGUUUGACAUAAAUUCUAGUGAUAAGUCUUAUAGCUCACUAUAUGCUGUAACUUAGGUGUUCAUUUGUUAGUACUGUGGUUUACCAAGCAUACUAAAUCGCUGCUGCAUAUUGUGUUCUUUUAAAUGUAUGACAGUAUCAUACUAAGCACUAAAAAUAAGAUACUUCUUUUUUUUGUUGUCAACCUUAUUUACAGUCUGAUGCAGUCUGUUAUUUUAACUGGAUUUUUGCAAGUGGUAUCAAAUAACACCCAUAGAGGAAAAUGGUAACUAAGCACAAGUAGCACACUGGAAAUUACAUGUUUAGUUAUUUUUAAAAGUAGUUAGCUAAAAAUACAGAAUCUUGAAAUAAAUGAUCAGAAGUCAAUAAUGAUUUUAGUAUUUAUUUAGAUUUUGUUGUCUGUCUAAUGUUCUUUGUUGAUAGACCCCAGAGAUGACGUUCCGUAUUUUAAGUAUAAUCUCUUUCAUUUUGUUGCCACUUAGAAAGAAAGAAAGAAAGACAGUAUUCUUUCCUACUGGAAUUUGAGAGGAAGAACUUUAAUAGAAAAUUUCUGCAUUAGCCCAAGGCUGUCAUUCUUUGAAAGCCUGACUAAAAAGAACGUUGAGUAGGUUUUGACUCUGAUGCUGUCAUUUGACUAUGAUUCAUGCUGAUUUAAUGGUUGGAGACCCAGAGUGCAUAAUGAGAAACUGAGUUAUUUUGUAUAUUCCACAUUACUGGAAAGAUUCUUCUUCUCACACAUCUUGGAUCUGCUAUAUACAAUUAACAUUUCACAAUGUGCAACAUAAGUGCAGAAGCCUUGCUAAAGGUUCCAAUUCUGAACUUUAAAACAGGUAUUUUGUGGUGUAUGGCUCAAAUAUACAUGUAAAAAAAAGCCACACAGAUUAGUCAAUUGCAUUGUGCAAUAUUUUUUAUGAAUUAUAAUAACUAGCAACUUAGCAUUUAUAUGAAUUUCUUUUAAAAUAUAGAGAAAUGAUCUAGAGGUACACUAUUAGACUAUUUGGUACUAAUCCGUUUGCCUGCAAACUCACAGAAAAAAAAUGUGCAGUUAAGCAAACUGAAACAUUUCAGUUAUAUUUGAGAGGUAGACAUGCUGUUUGUAGGGUUCCUGAAGUCGGUAGUAAAGACAACCUAAACUUUGUCAGUAUCAUUUUAAGAUGGUAAUGUUGUCUUAUUUUCAAAUAUGUAUGCCCCAUAUUAUGUUUAAUGGAUCAUGCCAGUACUUCCAAGAACCUAAUACUGCAUUGCAUAAAUGUUUUGAAUGAUCUUUGCUAAAUGAUUUUGAUUGUUUUCCUGUGCAUGGUAUACCAAACACUCUUUUUUCAAAUGUUACUUGAUUUCUGAAACUACAGCUACUGUUAAGUGGCUCCAAAUAAGGUAUAACAUAGUUUUCAGGCUUUUAGGGGUACUGUACUUGUAAGAAUGUAAUGGGAAGGCCUUCACAUCCAGUAACGAGGGUAGGAAAGAAAAUAGGUGAGAACAUGCUGACCUCCAAAUUUUUUCUCCUAUUGAAAAACAAACAAUUGGCAUUACAGUAUGCUCAUACUGUAGAUCAGGAAAUGUAUCCACUACUUAAGCAUUAGUGUAUAAAAAUAUAUGCCUAAAUGUAUUUUUGUUUAUUUUUUAAGUUUGUUUACCUGUAAAAAGCCUUAUUGUAUCUUGUUUCCUUAAAAAAAAAAGUAGUGUUUAGUAAUUUAUAGGUAUUAUCCUUAAACUCAGUGGUUUGACUGGUAUUACUUUUAUAUCACAUUAAAAGUAUAUGCUGCUUGACAUGUUUUAAAGGAAAAUUUUUAAGUUGGAAUAGAUGUGUAACUGGUAAUUCAUCUAACAUUUUACAUGGCAGUAUUUUACAUGCACUUUUCAGAAGUAAAAUUUUAGUGUCAGUGUAUAAUAGAUCUUUCACCUUAGGAUUAAUAUCUCUUUAACCAUGGAAUAUAAUGCAGAAUUCUUUUAACAACUUUUUUUUUCCUUUGAAUCAUUGUUAUGCUCUUUUAAUGUGGACAUAUCUUUUAUAUUUUAAUUUAUUAUCUAUUGCUAUGAUAGAUUUUAUCAGAUGCUGGAAAAAUAUUUGUCAAUGACCCCUUAGAAUUAUAUACAGUUAUUCUAGAGAUUUUGCACAAUAAUUACCUCAUUCAGUUUUGUGUAUUUUUAUUCCAGUGAUCAUUUUAUUCUGAUGUUUAGGACACAGUCUUCUAUCCAAAUUUUGAAAAAUUGCUUCUCAGUCUUCAAUCUGGGAUGGAACAUGAAAGUGCUUAAGUCCAUUAAAUGUGAUUAAUCUAUUCUAUCACAGGAAAAAAUAGGGUCAACUUCAAUGUUGAAAAGUGGAUUGAUAUCCAAUAACAUUUGUUCCCAACUUGGAAACACCAGCAUUUGCAAUUUGAAGUGUAAUUUGUGAUUUAAACUGAACACAUUUCAAAUACCGUACAAAAACUAUGAGUAAACACUUGGUUUUUGAAGAUGCUGAUACUUCAUGUGAUAAAUAAAAGCCUUUAAACAUAGGUUUUCACUCGAUGCCACUACAGUACAUAGAUGAAAACCAAAACAUUGUCAGAAUGACCUGAGCUCUGAUCUGUUGUAGUGUCUGAUGUUGUACUUAGUAAAUGUAUGCAUCAUAAAACCUGUAGCCUAAUAGCUAUCACUGGAAAACGUCCAAAUAAAAAUACAACUGUAAGAUUUG